AUGCUCGCCAGAAUGUGUCAUCUCCACAUCGUGCUGGUAACAGCUCUGGUGGGAAAGGCAGCCAUCGGGUUCUCCUUGAUGUCUUUACUCGUAGACCCGGACCCAGACUGGACCCCUGACUACUAUGAGAGUAGCUACGAGUACUACAACCAUGAAGAGAACAGCAGUGAUACUCUUGCCUACCAGGAGAAUCCCAACUGGUACUACACGGAGGAAGAUCCGUGCCUGGACAACCCCUGCAAACGCAAUGGGGACUGCCUUGUCAGUGGGGACACCUUCACGUGCAGCUGUCCAGCCCCUUUCUCUGGACACAGGUGUCAGAAUGUGCAAAACACGUGCAAAAACAAACCGUGUGGCCGGGGCGAAUGUCUCAUUACCCAGAGUCCUCCCUACUACCGCUGCGCCUGCAAACACCCUUACAGUGGCUCAGACUGCUCCACAGUGGUUCCUGCGUGCCGGCCGAAUCCCUGCCAAAAUGGUGGCAUCUGCUCCCGGCAUAAGCGGAGAACCAAGUUCGUCUGUACCUGCCCCGAACAGUUCAAGGGGAAAUUCUGUGAAAUAGGUCCUGACGACUGCUAUGUUGGUGACGGCUACUCUUACCGAGGGAAAGUGAGUAAGACAGUCAACCAGCACUCCUGCCUUUACUGGAACUCCCACUUCCUCUUGCACGAGAAUUACAACAUGUUUAUGGAAGAUGCUGAUACCCAUGGGAUCGGGGAGCACAACUUCUGCAGAAACCCAGAUGGAGAUGAAAAGCCCUGGUGUUUCAUUAAAAUAAACAAUGCAAAGGUGAAAUGGGAGUACUGUGACAUCCCAGCUUGCUCAGUCCUAGACAUUGCUGACCCAGAGGGAAGCCCCACAGAGCCUCUGUCCAAGCUUCCAGGGUUUGAUUCAUGCGGGAAGACUGAGAUGGGGAAGGUCAAGAGGAUCUACGGAGGCUUCAAGAGCACAGCGGGCAAGCACCCAUGGCAGGCAUCCCUGCAGACCUCAUUGCCAUUGACUGCCUCCAUGCCCCAGGGCCACUUCUGUGGGGGCUCACUGAUCCACCCCUGCUGGGUGCUUACUGCUGCCCACUGCACUGACAUAAAAACCAAACAUCUGAAAGUGGUGUUAGGGGACCAGGACCUGAAGAAGACAGAAUUCCAUGAGCAGAGAUUCGGGGUGGAGAAGAUUUUCAAGUACAGCCACUAUAAUGAAAGAGACGAGAUUCCCCACAAUGAUAUUGCUUUGCUCAAGCUAAAGCCGGUGGAUGGUCACUGUGCUCUGGAAUCCAAAUAUGUGAAGACUGUAUGUUUGCCCGAUGGUGCCUUCCCCUCUGGGACUGAGUGCCACAUCUCUGGCUGGGGUGUGACAGAAACAGGGGAAGGGUCCCGCCAGCUCCUGGAUGCCAAGGUCAAGCUGAUUGCCAGUACUUUGUGCAACUCCCACCGACUCUAUGACCACAUGAUCGACAACAGCAUGAUUUGUGCAGGAAACCUUCAGAAGCCUGGAAAAGACUCCUGCCAGGGUGACUCCGGAGGCCCUCUGACCUGUGAGAAGAAUGGCACCUACUAUGUCUAUGGGAUAGUGAGCUGGGGCCUGGAAUGUGGGAAGAAGCCAGGAGUCUACACCCUAGUGACCAAAUUCCUAAAUUGGAUCAAAGACACCAUCCAAAGGGAGACUAGCUUCUAA